AUGUUCGGAAUGUGGAAGGGAAUAUGGAUGUACUGUUUCGAAAAUGAGCCAGGGAGCUAUGCCUGCGAAUUGAAUGACUUAGCUCCACUUCAUUAUCAGACAAUACAACUCCUCUUCAUGAAAUCCCUGACAGUAGUCGGUUCCGCCGCCGGAGUAUUUGGCCUAGUCGGCUAUUUGGUCGCUGCUUUUCAUGCGCGAAAAAUUCGAGCGAAAAUUUUACUGAGAUGGGUUCAGUUUUCCGGUGCUAUGGCUGUUUUGCAGGCGGCUGCGUAUAUUCUUUGCUCGAUUUUAUACGCUGCCGAUAUUUUUAAAAGCUGGUGGAAUGCAGAGGCUUUUGCUACUGCUUGUUUACUGGCUUGUGAUACAGCGCAGUUUGUGUUUGGUUGGGCACUGAUUACUGUUUGGGCCUUGAAUCCGUUUAUUCUUCUCACCGGCUUUUUGAUGAUUUGCUAUCCUGAAAAAAUGUCGCAUUUGUCGAAAAAAGGAAAAAGCGAAGAAUCCUUUGAUUCAAAAGAAAUUGACUACGACUCGCAGGAAGAAGAGGAUGAAACGACUGAUGAUGAUGUUUUCAUUUCCGAUCUGGAUCAUCGUCGACAUCAAGCAAGAUUGCUGAGCGAAAAACUGCAAAGAUCGAAUCCCGAAUAUACAUUCAUCUAA